AUGGUCACUACUCAAGGCGAAGGUGCCUUGGGUCGCUUCGAGUUUGUGGCGGCCUGCGAGGCUCUUCUCGCAGAUAGUCCUGGCUGUGCCAGCGCAGCCGACCUCCACGAGCUCUUCGAUGUUCUGGAUCCGCAGUGCACUGGGCAGGUCAGCGUCGGGGAGUUUUCUCGGCUUCUUCAGGCUUACCAGCAGGCUCCGAAAGCCGCGGAUGCCCACGCUGCCGCGGUCCGCCUGCUCGAAGGCCAGUCAGGCCCAAGUCCGUGCCUCGCUCUCGAUGAAGGUGGGCAACCCGGCACUGUGCUCAGCCCAUUAGCCGGGCUGCGAGCAUGGCUGCUACAGAAGAACUGGAUCUUCCAAGAUCUUGAGGCACUCUUGGGCGGACCGCGAGCAGAACUCGGUUGGACUGAGUUUGCGGGGCGGCUGCUCACCCGCGUCAAGACGCCCUGGCUCACCCGUCGAGGUGCGGCGGACAUCUUUGCACAGCUUCAGGUGCGUUCCACAAAUGCGCCGCUCGGUGAAGUGGAAGCCGUUGUGCGAGUGCCCGACUUGGUCCAAGCGCUGCUGGGGUCGGAAGACUUUGCCCUCGAGGCUGCUCGCAGAGUCGUCAGAAUUGUUUCGCGAGAAGCCCGACACCGCGACCAGGAUGUGGGAAAGCUUUGUCUGGCAGCUGACGUCCGACGUGUGGGAAGUCUCGACUUGAAGCAGCUGAGCUCAGUGCUGUCGGCUUUGUGCCCGCAGAUGCUUGCAGAGGCGGAUGUCGGGCUGCUCUUCUGGCGAUUCUCCGGCGGCGGCGGUUUCUCCUACGACCAGCUUCAGGCCGAGCUGCGUGCAGAGCAGUCAGCUGCGGCGGAGCAUGUCCUGCUGCGUGGCAUGCCGGUGUUGAUUCGACAAGCCGCUUCUUUCGAGGCCGCUGCCAAGAUCCAGGACAGCGCGCGCUCUGGAAAGCUCUCCGCGGCCCAGCUGCGAGCAGCCUUAGCGCAGAUGGACCUCGGCUUGAGCUUGGAAGGAGGCUCCGGCAUGUCGGAGCUGGAGGAGUUUGCGGGGCUCCUAGCGGCUGCUACAAAGAAGAAGGUUGAGCAGUUUGACUACGCCUCUUUGGUUUCUGGUGGAAGCUGGAAGGGCCCGACGAUGGAGGAGGCAGUUGCCACUGUCUGCCGCGGCAGCAAGAGCCUUUCGAAGCCUGCCAGCGCGGACAAGAGGCAUAUGCUGUCCAUCCUCUUCUACAAGACUGCAGAAGCAGCGAAGAAGUUGGGCUUGUCAGCUCAGCGGGCUUUCGAUGGCUUGGACCGUGGCAGCAAGGGCUUCCUCAACGCCGAGGAUUUGCGCUUGGCCGUGCUUCAGAUUGUCGGAGGAGAUCAAAGUCUCACCUUGAAGGACCUUGGUCUUCUUCCGUCAACAAGGUUGAACUUUCCGGACUUCGAGAAGCGCUUGAACUUCGAUUUCGGCCUACUGUCCAAGCACAUGGGCGAGGUGUUUUCUGACCAGCCCGCGAUCAGCGAGUCAGAUUUCGUCAAUCGUCUGAGCCAGAUUGCUGGCCUCGACAAGGCGACUCUACAAAGCUGGCUGCAGCUCAUGUACCCCGGUGGUUGUCCAGCCGAUGGCGUUGGGCGCGGUGCAUGUGAGACUUUCCUCGCGACAACGCCUGCGCUGGUGCCAGGAAGCACAGGUGCUGUACUCAGACUUCAAGGCUUUAACAUUCGCGCAGAGUUGAUGAAGGAUGCCGAGGCUGAAGGAACGGCCGGCACAAUGCCCGCAUGGGUAGCCUUCUCUCGCGGGCGCGACCUGCUGAAGAAGCUUGCGGCCAAGGAUGCUGACCAGCUGAUUAGAUCCGUAGCAGAGGCAUCAGCGAAGUAUCCGGCAGCCGGGCCUCAAGAGGUCAUUGCCGGUGCUCGCAUGAAGACGGAAUCAGAAGCACCGCUAAGAACUGAAACUCUGCUGAGUUGUGCUGAGAGUGAGAGAGUCGUCGAACAUAUCUUGGAGGUUACCUUCAAGUCUGUGACCGGGUUCAGCAGAGCGGCUGAAGUCUUCAUCCGGUACAGCUGCUAUGGCACCAAUUGUGUUGCCGAUGCACCAGCUUCAGCACAGAUGGACUUCAGCGCAAGGCAUGUUUUCGGCCUCAGCAGCAGUGACUCGCUUGCCAAGCUUUUUGAAGGACGGGAUCAUGCAUUCACAAUUCAAGCAUGGGUCGCUGUUGCAAAAGAUGAACUUCGACGGCCCCUCGCAGUCGCCGCGGUUCCGGCGGCCGAGUUGCGCGCCUUCUUGGAGUCCUGUUUGCUGGAGAGGCCACGCCCCGAAGCGGUUCUUGGAUCGCAAAGGAAGUUCGCUCUAUCCUUCACUCCGGUACCCAUCACGGACCCUAAGCUCAAGAAGCCACCUGCUGAUGCCGUCAAGGGAGACGUAGAGCUGGUGGUGCAUUAUAGUCGGCGCGCGAAUCCGGAUCCACAGCGGAUGGCGUUACCUUGGAACUCCUCCUUUGCUGGCCGCCUGGUGGUUUGCAGGAAGGGUGUUGCGAGUGUAACAUGUGAUGACCCAGAAGAGGCUCCGAGUGGGCUUGCACCACGAGAAGAGGUGCCGAAAGCACUUCCCCCACCUGGCUCGGUGAUCAUCAAGAUCUCGAUCUUAGGCCUUCAACUCCAAGCGGACGCCUUGCGGGGCUUGGUGGCUCGGUGUUUGCAAGGCCAGCUGCUAGCUGCUCCCGGCUCCGUCGGGGGCCUCGCCAGCAAGGCGCCAAAGUUCUUCAUGCGCCUUUGCCUCUUUCCCGGAAAGCCCGCUAUGCAAGUGGCGGGCUGCGGUGGCUGGGCGGAAAGUGCAGUGAAACCGGUUCCCGAGAACUUGUUGGCUCCGGCCAGCCUUGCCAGGCCUGAGGGAGCGCAGGUGAAGUUGGAUUUCUGCUGGAGCUCGCCACCCCUGGAAGCAAGUCAAGCCGUUCAGUCGCUUCAGGAUGGAGUUGUGGCGCUGGAAGUUUGGAUCAGACACCCAGCUGCUGAUCUCCGCCUGGCCGAGAAGUCCGUGCCGCUCCAGUCACUGCUGGAAGCCGUGUCACCGGAGGAUCCCAGCGAACUGCGUCUGCGGACUCUGCAGCCAGCCAAGGUGGACUUGACUGCGGCUUUCGAGCGUGAUGGGAAGGCUUUGGCCCAGGUGUCGGCCGGUUCGAUGGCAGAGUUGCAGCUCCCCAACGGCCCAGGGACCCUGUCAUGGCUCGUCGAGAAGCCCAAGCCAAAGCCCAAAGAGCCACAGGCUCCUUUACGGGCGGAGUACUUGCUUCGCCUUCGAGAGGUCCUUCUAUCUGGAGAUUUUGUGCAGCAUUUGGCCGGGGGGGAGCCGACAUCCAAGGAAGAAGAGCAUGGCAGAAGGUACGGGCGCAGACGCGAUGCCUCACAGACAGCUUCGGACCUGCCUCUCUUCUACCUGGAAGUAGCUGAGGGUUAUGUGUCUUCGUGGCCAGGCUCCUCGAGCAGUCGCUUCCGCUCUGCUCCUGUCCGUGGCGUGCUUGAUGGGCAAGGCUGGGUGCGUGUCAAUCCUGGCGAGGAUGCCUCCCUUUCAUUGCCUGGGCGCUAUGUCCUCGGAGGCGGAUUCGGGGAAACGGGAAAGAGCAUGGAUGCCCUGGUGCUGAGUGCAGAGAAACACAAGCUCGGGCUCCGCCUACUCCAGCUCAGUUCUGGUAGCGACACAAAGGCAGCGGCACAAGCUGACGUUGUACUUCCACUCGGAAGAGAGGUUGAAGGUGUUCCGUCCAUGUAUUUUGGAGGUCUGCUUUGGAUACCAUUGCUUCACGUGGCUCCAGAGCAUCCCUGCACUUGGGUGGUGGGGCGUGCACUGCUUUGUAUCGAAGCGUGCAGGCCCAACGUGUCCAGAGACCUUCGUCUCCUGAGGCAGGUGCCCCUGGCACCUACCGGUUUGUACCUUCCGCUUUACAAGGAUUGGGAACCGCCACGGCCACCCUCUUGCCCAGCUCCUGGACCCGCUUCCUGGCCGGUGGAAUCGGCGGUGCGAGCUUUGGCUGGGGAUGACUUGUGGAAGAAGCUCAACGACGAAGCGGUGAAACCUGGCAUCAUUUCUUCAGGAGCUUUUCAAAAGGCAAUACAGGCUGCUGCAGAAAGUUCAACAUCCCCUCUUUUCCGUGCAGCUUCCGCUUCCACGAGCAUGCCUGCGGCUGGUGGCUCGGCAAUGCAAGAAGACUUGAACUUCCUCGUGGCGACUCUGGCGCCCAUCAUGGCAGAUGCUGGCUGCAUGGUUCCUUUCAGGCAGCUGCUUCUUUGGAUGGGUCUUCGCAAGCUCGCCCGCUUGAUACUGCCCAUUGCCAGAGGCCUGCUGCGGCAACUUCAGCAACUGGAGCUCAAUGGUGACGCAGGUCUUAGAGGAUCUUCUGGAGCCGUGUCCUUUGCGAGCUUCCAGGCGGUUCUCCAGGCAGAGCUGCAAAGGGUGGGCUUACCAGAUUUGCCGGCAGCUCUGUGGCAGCUGAUCUCCCAAAGAUCCGAAUGGCUGGCUGGAGGCCAUUGGCACUUUGACUACGUCGUCUUCCUUUGGGACUUGCAGGCUGCAAGCGGCAGCGAAGUGGCCUUGCAAGGCACCGGUGGCCGAGACACCUCCACGGGAGCAGAAAAGAUCGGCAAGGCUGGCGCCGAUGUGCUCUUCUGGCCACUGCGAUCUGACCUUCACCUUCAGAGGCGAGAGCCGACUUCCUCUCCCCGCAGCCCGAUGCAGAGAGAGGCCAUGGCACUUCCAAGGCCGCGAGGAAGCUCCACCGGCUUCUCAGCCGGACUAGCACCGCGCCCGCUGCCAGCUCUUCGGGGCUUCGAAGAAUCCGCAGUGCAGAUGCCCCCCUCAAGCUCGGCGCCACCGGUGCACUCAGCUGUGCCGGCCGUUCUGCCGGGUCUCGGCCUUCCUGGCGCUCCCAGAGCUCGCUCACCGAGCCCCUUCUGGGAUCUAUCGGCGCCCCGCCCUCUCCAAGAGCUUGGGGUGAAAAACGACAUCAAUGAGACAGUGCUGCGGGCUGUGUCAAGGCUUUCUGAUACAGAACUGCAGCUUCGCUCUCUAUCGGGCAGUGAGGAAGAGCAGCUGCAGCAACUGCGUGCAAGACACCAGCAGAAUUUGGAAAGCUUGGGCAUUCUGCAAAAAUCCAUGCUGAUCCCAUCGGCGACAACGACCACGCUUCCAGCUGCUACGGCUUCAGAUGCACGCGAGAAUGGCGAGCGCAUUGCUUUGGAGAGCAUUGGCUCUGCGCCUGCGCUUGGCGUUUCAGCUUUGCUGGACCUCGCCAACGCGAGUGCCGCGAGUGCCGCGAGUGCAGAGAAUACCGGGGCCGGGCUUGGCCUGUGCGGCCUGGGCGGCCUGGGUGCUGGGCCCUUGCCGCCAGCUCUUGGGUUUUCCUCCGUUGGCCGUCCGAGCCCACCAGCAAGCCCGCAGCCGGAGCAGCCGGAGCAGCCGCAGUCAGAGCCAAGGCUUCCGAAUCAGCUUGACUUGAGCCAGACUGCUGGGCCACUACCGCCCCCAAGCCCGUGGAGUGCAGAAGCAGAAGGCUCUGAAAGCAUUUCCGUCCAGCUUGAGGGCAGAGUGCUUCAAACUCAAGUCAAUUCACGCAUCGAUGAUGUGAGUCCAACUGAGUCAGAACGAUAUUUGGCUCUGCAAAGUUCGCAGUGUCACUUCGUCUGA